AUAGUUAAACUCAAUGUAGGAGGACAGAGUUUCCAUACAAGUCGAUCCAAACUGGUGGAAACAUCCGCCUACUUUCGCAAUCUUCUGGAAGGUGAUAUGAAGGAGACAAGCACCAUCGAUGAUGAAGAGAUCUUUAUUGACCGAUGUGGCAUGCUCUUUGAGUAUCUCUUGCAGUACCUUCGUACGGGGUAUAUAGGUGGUGGAAACAAUGUGCGUUUACAAGACUUGCAACAGGAAGCGCUUUAUUAUCAAUUGGAUACGCUUGUGGAAGUCUUGGAU